CACACACACACACACACACACACACACAUAUAUAUAUAUAUAUAUGCACACAACUUUCAUCUACGGACUCGAUUUCUAUUAUUCAUAUGUGCUAAAUUUGGAGAUGCCAAAAUGUCGUUCUCAUCUCGACGUAUCGGCCGUGUAUUGUAUAUAUCUUUUGGCGCGUGGCUUAUUAUUAGAACUAAGAACCAUCUUGUAAUUUGUAGCUGCGCACGGUCGUAUUAUUAUGAAGGGAGAUUUCGUUUCUCUACUUUAUGAUAGGUUCGCGUACACAAUGGGCACUUCAACACACUGAAAUGGAAGAAGGCCAACAGAGAACCGAAGUGCCUAUCGCUAGGAGACCAGCAUGCGAUGAUCAAGAUGAUCACAGAUGUUGAUGCGGAGACAGAAGGUGCAGCGAAAACGGAUGCAUCAACAGACGAAAAAACGGGCGAAAAAACGGAUGAGAAAACAGAUGGAUUCGCAGUUCCUGCUCCCGUUAAUAGAGGCAAAAUUGCAUCUGCCGCUUCAUCCCCAGCCCCGGUCACCACGAUAUCUGACAGCAGCACUGAACCAUCUACAGACAACACAUUAAAAGACACUGACGUCACCACCGGUCAAGUUUCGGGUGUAAGUAGUGAAGACAGUGCAAAGGUAAACGUCGCAACAGAAGCACCUGCAUGUGACAGUACGGGGGGCGAUACAGAAAUGCAAGGUAGUGCGAAUGUAAAGGACGAUGGAGAGAGUGGUGCGAAGCCUGACGGUGUGGGCUCUGGCUCUGUAUCAGCAGAAAAUGCAGACGGUGAUGGCUCUAGCACUGUAUCAGCAGAAAAAGCAGACGGCGAGGGCUCUAGCACUGAAUCAGUAGAAAAAGCAGACGGUGAGAGCUCUGGCGCUGUUUCAGCAGAAAAAGUAUACGGCGAGGGCUCUAGCACUGUAUCAGCAGAAAAAGCAGACGGUGAGGGCCCUAGCACUGUAUCAGCAGAAAAAGCAGACGGUGAGUGCUCUGGCUCCGUAUCAACAGAAAAAGCAGACGGUGAGGUACUAUCGAGUUCCAAGCCAGCCGAUGCAUAUAGCAGUAGUAAUGGGGAUACAGAAAUGGUCACUGAUAGCUCACAGGAAGAGGACAAGAGCACGGCGAACAACAAGACAGACUCAGCCUCAAAUGAACAGGGCAAAGCCGUUAGUGUGGGUGAAGGUGAGGUAUCUACGAGUACGGUAGCCGAUGUUGGCGAUGAGAACCACGAUGCGAACCAACUGAUGGAUACUGAUGUAGCGGAAAAAGUAUUUGAGGAUAAGCAAGGUGACAGUCAGGAAUCUACGGAUACAAAAUUUGAUGGGAAAUCAGGGUCAGAAACAGCGCCAGCGGUAUCGGAAAAACCUGAUGCCGGCGCAAAGAAUAAGCCAGACGAAUCGGGUCUUUAUACGAGCAAUAUGAAUGACGUAGAGACAAAGAAUGCGCAAAAUACCGAUGCGACGGUAAAUGGGGCACAGGAAGACGAACUAACGGAGAAAGCGGACGAAGUUGGAGGGAAAAGCUCUGAUUUAGGUGGCACUAACGGCCCGAAGACCGAUGACGUAGCUGCUGUUGAGACGUCGAGUGGCACUAGUGAGAUAGCGGCAAACGAAGCAGACGAGAUUGCGCCAGCCAGCCAAGACAUGGAAAUCGAAGGGCCAGUGGACAAGGCAGAUGCGAUGGAUAUUGAUAGUACAAAUACACAGUAGCACAUGGCGUCUCACCCGUCUGAAAAUAUGCGCUACUUAGUGGGAGUCGACUACCAGAUUUAAUAGGCUAGUAUAGCAAGUUUGGACACAGUUAUCGCCUUUCCAUGCAUUGCUUGGAGGAGCACGGUGAGAAGUUCAUAGUCAUGAUCAUGUGUACAUUUGAAACGCAUCUGCUGCAUUGUCGUUCUGGGAUCUCCAUCUAGUACAAUUCCGAUGAGAGUAUAACAUUAUGAUUGUAGUCGAAGUAAGUGAGCUGGCUAUAUUAAAAUAUAUACGUAC